UUGACUGACGUUUAAUGAGAAGAGUUGCAACCAGCUAGAAUUUUCUACAAGGAAUGGAAUUAGCUCAUAACUUACUGCUCAAUGAAGAUGCAUACAAUCAGCUAGGUGAAGUUCAGAAGGCAGAAUUUAUUUUUGACUGGCUGAGGUAUUUGGAGAAGCUCUUACUAGCAACCAGCAAAAGUGAUGUAAAAGAAAAACAGAAGAUUCUUGUUGAGCAGCUUCUAUCUUUGUUGAACAGCUCCCCAGGGCCUCCUACCCGAAAACUCCUUGCUAAAAAUUUGAGCAUUCUCUAUAGUAUUGGAGACACAUUCUCUGUUUAUGAGACAAUUGAUAAAUGUAAUGAGCUAAUUCGGAGCAAAGAUGAUUCUCCAAGUUAUCUUCCAACUAAACUUGCUGCUGUGGUAUGCUUGGGUUCCUUGUACAAGAAGUUGGGUAGAAUACUGGGUAACACCUUUACUGAUACCGUGGGGAAUAUUCUUAAAGCUAUGAAGAGUGCUGAGUCUCAAGGUCGCUAUGAGAUUAUGCUGAGUCUGCAAAAUAUAUUGAAUGGACUGGGAGCUGCUGCUAUACCUUGCCACAGAGAUAUUUAUAAAGCUGCUAGAACCUGUUUAACAGAUAGAUCGAUGGCUGUUCGUUGUGCUGCUGCAAAGUGUCUCCUUGAACUUCAGAAUGAGGCCAUCUUUAUGUGGAGUACAGACUUGGACAGCGUGGCUACAUUAUGUUUUAAGUCCUUUGAAGGUUCUAAUUAUGAUGUGCGGAUUUCAGUUUCAAAGCUACUAGGCACAGUGUUGGCUAAAGCUUUAAUUUCUAAACAUCCAGGAACAGCAGCUUCACGACAAAGCAUUCGCAAAGUAUCAGUGGAGGAAAUUCUGGAAUUAUUAGGAACAGGGUUUCUACGUGGGAGUUCAGGAUUUCUUCGAGCCAGUGGAGACAUGCUCAAAGGAACCAGUUCAGUCAGUAGGGAUGUCCGAGUUGGAGUUACUCAGGCUUAUGUGGUAUUUUUUUCAACACUAGGAGGAGUAUGGCUAGAGAGGAAUUUUACAACAUUUCUUUCUCAUAUCUUAAGUCUUGUGUCACCAUCACACCCUAAGGCCAGCCAAACCCAGAUUGAUGCUGCCUGCAGUCGCCGUUGUGUUUCUUUUAUUCUUCGAGCAACUAUAGGAGGCCUUCUUGGAGAAAAGGCUCAAAUUGCUGCUGCCAAAGAUAUUUGCCAGGCUAUCUGGAAGUUAAAGAAAGUUGUGGAAUCAAUUAUGAGUGAUGGUAAUUUGGAAAAACGUGUUGGCUCCGCUGAAGUAGCUGCCAGCCAGAAUAUGCUGGUGUGUGCUUUACAAGAACUUGGAAAUCUCAUACACAGUCUUGGCACUACAGCUGCACCUUUGAUGCAGGAAUCUAGUCCAGGGAUUCUUGACAGUGUCAUUUCAGUUAUUGUUCAUCCUAGCAUUUCUGUUCGACUAGCAGCAGCUUGGUGUUUACACUGCAUUGCUGUGGCAUUGCCUUCUUACCUAACACCUCUCUUAGAUCGGUGCCUUGAACGACUUAAUAUACUUAAGUCUUCACCUGAAGCAGUGACUGGCUUUAGUUUUGCUGUGGCAGCUUUGUUGGGGGCAGUAAAGCAUUGUCCACUAGGAAUUCCACAUGGAAAAGGCCAGGUUAUUAUGACAUUAGCACAAGAUUUGAUUUGUUCUGCUGCUCAAAAUAGUCGCCUUUCAGUUCCACGCACUCAAGCUGGAUGGUUGUUGAUUGCUGCUUUGAUGACAUUAGGUCCUUCCGUUGUCAGUCAUUACCUUGCGCAAGUUCUGCUAUUGUGGAAAUGUGUCUUUCCUGUGUCACCCAAAGACCUAGAAACUGAAAGGAACAGAGGAGAUUCAUUUACUUGGCAGGUUACGUUGGAAGGACGAGCUGGUGCACUCUGUGCUAUCAAGAGCUUUAUUUCGCACUGUGGCAGUCUUCUUACCGAGGAAGUAAUUCAGCGUCUUCUUCCACCUCUCCCUUGUGCUGUGGAUUUGCUAACCCAACUUUCUUCAAUAUUGAAAGCAUAUGGAAGUCCUUUGAAAACACCAUCAAUAAUUUAUAAACAAAGGUUGUAUGAACUAUUGAUUUUAUUGCCUCCUGAAACCUAUGAAGGAAACCUCUGUGCUAUCCUCAAAGAGCUGGCUUCUGAUUUGACUGCUCCUGAUACACAGGUGGCAGCAUCCUCAUUUUUACUUCCAUCCCUUUGUCAUCAGGAUGAUCUUAUGAUAUUAAAUCCUUUGCUACAAGAGACUGAUCAUAGAUUUAUUGAAGAACAGCUUCUCCUUGGUAAUGGUGUUGCUUUUGGGAGUCUGGAACAUGACCCUUACUGUAUUUAUGAGGAAGAUAUAGAAGGAGAUUCAGUGCCUAAGCCCCUACCUCCAGUAUUGUCAGUUAUUAACUCUGCAGUCAAACUCUUUGGAAUUGUCUCUUCUCAUGUUGGAGAAGCUCAAAGACAACUUAUAUUGGAACAACUGUUGAACAGUAUAAAACACACAAAAGGAGCUCGGCAACAAGUUGUUCAGUUACAUGUUGUUUCUUCAAUUUCUAGCUUAUUGAAGUAUAUGGCUUGCUCCAAGGUAAAUUUGGGUCCAGAAGAAAUUAGAAGAACUACCCUAGCUUUAGUGAUGGGAGCCCUAGAAAGUCCCAACCCUCUUUUGAGAUGCGCAGCAGCAGAGGCAUGGGCUAGAUUAGCUCAAGUGGUUGAUGAUGGAGUUUUUACAUCUGCAUUAGCUCAAGUUAGCUUUGACAAACUCAGAUCAGCAAGGGAUGUGGUUACCAGAACAGGACACUCUUUGGCUUUGGGUUCCCUGCAUAGGUAUUUAGGAGGAUUUAGUUCUUCUCAACAUUUGAAUUCUUGUAUUGGAAUCCUUCAUACUUUGUCUCAGGACAGUACUUCUCCUGAUGUGCAGACAUGGGCACUGCAUUCUCUGUCACUAAUAAUUGAUGCUACUGGCCAACAUGUGCAUGUGGAACCUACCCUGUCUCUCAUUAUAAUGUUGUUGUUAAAUGUGCCUCCUACUCAUGGUGAAGUUCACCAAAGUCUUGGUCGAUGUUUGAAUGCCCUUAUUACUACCUUAGGUCCAGAGCUGCAAGGCAAUAGUACUUCGAUUUCUUCUUUAAGAACUUCCUGUUUAUUGGGUUGUGCAGUAAUGCAAGAUAACCCAGACUGUCUUGUUCAAGCUCAAGCCAUCUACUGCCUUCAGCAGCUUCAUAUGUUUGCUCCAAGAUAUGUCAACUUAUCUAGCCUGGUCAGAUGCCUCUGUGUUAAUUUCUGUAGCCCCUAUUUAUUAUUGAGAAGAGCAGUGCUGGCUUGUUUACGUCAGCUUGUGCAAAGAGAAGCUACUGAAGUUUCAGAACAUGCCAUUAUGCUUGCUAAGGACAGUAGAGAAGAAUUGGCUCCAGAUGCUAACAUCAGAGAAGUGGGCCUAGAAGGGGCAUUAUUGAACUUACUAGAUAAGGAGAUAGAUCAAAGAUUAUGCCAUGAUAUCAAAGAGACUUUAAAUCAUAUGCUUACAUCUAUGGCAGUGGAUAAACUCUCCUUUUGGUUAAAGCUUUGUAAAGAUGUACUUGCGGCAUCUGCUGAUCUUACCUCUAUGACUUGUGUGGAUACUGUACAAGAAGAGGAAGGAUACAAGGGGGAUGAUGCCUCAGUUUUGACCACCAGAACUGAUGACAGAUUCCAUCAUUUCACCAAUCCCCGGUGGGCUACAAGAGUGUUUGCAGCAGAGUGUGUCUGUAGAAUAAUUAUCCAGUGUGAGAAUUCAAACAGCGCACAUUUUGAUGUUGCUUUAGCACAAGAAAUGAGAAAACGAGAUUCAAGAAAUGACUUUUUGGUGCUGCAUCUUGCUGACUUAAUUCGCAUGGCCUUUAUGGCUGCUACGGAUCACAGUGACCAGCUUCGUCUUUCUGGCCUUGAAACAUUAUUAGUUGUUAUUCAGCGAUUUGCAACUAUUCCUGAACCAGAGUUUCCAGGUCAUCUAAUUCUGGAACAGUAUCAAGCCAAUGUAGGAGCAGCACUUAGACCUGCCUUCACUUCAGAGACACCCCCUGAUGUCACUGCCAAAGCAUGUCAGGUUUGCAGUGCUUGGAUAGCAAGUGGAGUUGUAAGUGAUCUUAAUGAUCUCCGAAGAGUUCAUCAGUUGCUUGUUUCAUCAUUAAUAAAAAUACAAGCUGGAAAAGAAGCUUUAAGUCACUUGUAUAAUGAAAGUGUUUCUACUAUGGAAAUCUUAGCUGUGCUAAAAGCCUGGGCAGAGGUCUAUGUAAUUGCUGUAGAAAGGCAUAAAGACAACAAAAAGCCUUUGAAGAGUACUGCCUGCUCAGAAGACAGUGUCAGAAAUGGGUCACAUUCAUCAGAUGACCUACUUGACUUAGUUCACGCAGACCUGAGCACCCUGAGCAGGCUCUGGCUUGCUGCACUUCAAGAUUUUGCUCUCUUAACUUUGCCCCCAGAAUUUGCCUCCCAGCUUCCAGUUGAAGGUGGUGCUUUCUACACAGCAGAUACCAGUGAAAAUGCAAAAUUGCAUUAUUGCAACUCCUGGGCACUCAUUCUCCAUGCAACUGCACUGUGGCUUUCUAGCACAGGUUUUAUUGUGUCUGACCCAGAUGAAGGAACAUCUAAUUUCUCCAGACCUGUAACACCAACUUCCAUGUGUCAGGGUUCUUUAUCUGGAACUACAGUUAAGUCUCCUGAGGAUGUCUAUACCGAUAGGUUGCAUCUUAUUUUAGGUAUCAGUGUGGAAUUUCUAUGUUCUUUGCGUGCAGAUGCAACUAUGGAAAGCAUUACUGCAUGUUUACAUGCUUUACAGGCCCUUCUCGAUGUUCCUUGGCCCAGAUCCAAAAUUGGCAGUGAUCAGGACUUGGGUAUUGAGUUGUUGAAUGUACUACAUCGAGUUAUUUUGACCAGAGAAUCUCCUUCCAUUCAGUUGGCUUCAUUGGAAGUGGUGAGGCAGAUUAUCUGUGCAGCACAGGAACACAUAAAGGAGAAAAGACGAAGUGCAGAAGUUGAUGAUGGUGCUGCUGAAAAAGAAACUUUGCCUGAGUUUGGAGAGGGAAAAGACACAGGAGGACUUGUGCCUGGAAAAUCUUUGGUUUUUGCAACACUGGAAUUGUGUGUAUGCAUUCUGGUUAGACAGUUGCCCGGGCUAAAUCCUAAAUUGACUGGCAGCCCAGGAAUAAAAGCUCCCAAGCCACAGGUGCUGUCAGAAGAUGGGAGUAAAUUGGUCUCAGCUGCAUUGUUUAUUCUCGCAGAGCUGCCAGCAGUGUGCUCCCCUGAAGGAAGCAUCUCAGUUCUUCCCACUAUCUUGUACCUCACUAUCGGAGUCCUCAGAGAAACAGCUGUACAGUUACCUGGGGGCCAGAUCUCUUCAACAGUGGCAGCUUCCCUCCAGGCUCUGAAAGGAAUAGUAUCUUCUCCAAUGGCCCGAGCAGAAAAGAGCCAGAGUGCUUGGACAGACCUCCUUCGUAGUGCUUUAUUAACCAUUCUUGACUGUUGGGAUACAGGAGCAUACUGGAAGCUGGAUGAAGUCAGUCUGCUCACUGCCAUCACAAUAUUCACCCUGUCUGCCAGUUCAGAGGUAACUUCCAUCCCCUGCCUGCAAAGCCGCUGCAUUGAGAAAUUUAAGACAACUCUUGAAAUAAGAGAUCCUGUGGUUCAAAUGAAGACCUAUCAGCUCCUACUGUCCAUAUUUCAGUAUCCAAAUCCAACUAUUUCCUACCCUUACAUACAUUCAUUAGUAUCUCCUAUUGUGGAAAAACUUAAGGAAAUAGACAAGAGAAAACCUGAAAAUGCGACUGAGCUUCAAAUCUUUCAAGAAAGCAUAAAAAUCUUAGAAGCACUUGUAGCUGUUGCAAAAGAACAUCAUCGCUCUCAGCUGGUGGCCUGUCUUUUGCCCAUCCUCAUUUCCUUCCUGUUGGAUGAGAAUGCUCUGGAAUCAGCAACUUCCAUAAUGAGAAAUUUGCAUGACUUUGCUUUGCAAAAUCUCAUGCAGUUUGGGCCUCAGUACUCAUCCGUUUUUAAAAGUGUGAUGACUGCUUCUCCAGUGCUAAAAGCUCGCCUUGAGGCUGCUAUAAAAAGCAGUCAGAGUGUCAGAGUAAAGAUACCAACAUCCAGACAUACUGAGAACCCUGGAAAGAAUUCAACGAUCCAAUUAAAAACCAACUUCCUGUGAUAUUUUUU